UCCACUGAAGUGAAUGGGACCGAGUUGCCGUCCUUCACACAACCUGUGGACAUGCGUGAUGCUGUUUUACAAUAAAUAAACGUAGUUUUUCUAAACCUGGACAACCCUAGGAGUGAGAAGUCACUAUAAACUAAGCCUUUGGUCUGAACUGUCUCCUAAGUGAGAGAGGGCGCCUAAACGAAGUAAUCACUCGGCUUCCAUAGUGAGUUGAAGUAGAAGCAGCUUCCUGUCUGAGCGCCGCUGAGUGGGGGGGGGGAGGCUUUAGAGAAGAGGAGUCAGAGUACGGAAUGGCGGGGCUCACGCCGCCAGAGAGCAUGGAGAGGUCCGUGGAGCUUUUUCUGAGAGCCAUGAGGAACACGCAGGCAUUAAAAAAGAAUGAAAAGAAAAAGAAAGCUGGAAAGAAGAAAGCAUUUCAUUGUAAUAUCUGUAAUGUUAAAGUUAUUGGUGCUGCAACAUUUGAAUUUCAUCUUAAAGGAAAGAAACAUCGGAUGAAUUCUCCAUUGUCAAAGUCCUGUAAAGAUAUUGAAUACAUACAACGAUAUGAGCAUCUUGAUGGCAAUGUUGUCAUCAAAUGUGAAUUAUGUGGCGAACAGCUGUUGGACGUAGUAAACCACCUUAACACUUCUUCCCAUAUCUUGGCAUUUUUGGAAGCUAAUUUUCCAAAAGUUUUCGGAGUUUUGCAAAUUAGAGGAUUACACAACAUCUCUGAAACAGAGCUGAAGAAAAUUGCUUUGGCAGAAAAAAAUCGACAAGAGUAUAUGCAAACGUUUCAACAUGAUGUAAAUCCAGAUAAUUUAGAGCAGGGGGAAGGAAUCUAUUUCUAUAAAAAGAAUAGACAAAGUGAAGAUUGUGAACCUCCACGGAAGAUUUUAAGGAAGGAUGACCAACAUUGCAAUGAUAUAUCUUCUACCGUCACAGAUCAUGAGAGAGAAAAAAACUGUGCAGUCGAUCAGAAUGAAAAAAAGUGCAGUUCAUCAGUUGAAAGACAAAUUAGAUUAGAUUGCCAAGAAUAUAAGAAGUCUGAAACUGAAAGUCAUUUUAAACACAGUGAAACUGAAAGUCCCUAUGAAAUCACAUGCAAUAAAGAUUUGUAUAAUUUCCUGCAAUAUUUUCGGAUAGCAGAUGAGGCGGAUGUCAUAUUCGUCCAACAAAUAGUCACUAAAUUUAAAAGUCAAUUGGAAGAAUUUUAUGACCAGACGAAGGAAGAAAAGGUAGCCUUAGAUUUAAAUUGCAGUAAAAAUCAGGAGGAUGGCAAACUGAAAGCUGCAGAGAGUAUUGUGCAACAAGCAGAUUCUACAACCACUUCAACUUUGAUUGAAAGUACUGCUAAUAGUACUGAUGUAGUGGACCAUUGUGAAGGUGAAGUUACAGCAAACCAGUGCAAUAGUAUGGUUGAAGAUUCUACAACCACUUCAUCUUUGAAUGAAAGUACUACUAAUAGUACUGAUGUAGUGGACCAUUGUGAAGGUGAAUUUACAGCAAACCAGGGAAACAAUAUGUUGAAAGAUUCAAUAAGCAAAUCUGUAUCAGUGAACCAUUCAUCUCUGUUAUGUCAUACUACAAAGAAACCUAUAAUCAGGCCUUCAGUUCUCGAUGCUGUACUAAAGUCACAUAACAAGUCCAUUACAUCCACUAAGAAGGAACCAUAUGGUGAUGCUGCAGUUAAAGAACCUAAGCUUGACUGUACAAGCAUGUUUAAAUCAAUAACUAACACAGAAAUAUUUACUGGAAGUACUAAAAAAAAUAUUUUUACAGGACUUUCUCUUCCAGUACAUGAUGACACUUCCAGUACAUCGAGUAUAGACAAACAGAAAUCCAUUAUUGGGUCCUCUACUCUCUGUUCUGCAUUUGGAUCAAGUCAUUUGCCACUUGACUCACAUGUAGUGAUAAAAAAUGAAUGUGAUACUGUUGUUUCAGAUGAGUGUCAAGUCUCCCCCACAGUAUUUACAGGUCAAUCUCAAGUUCCUCAGGAGGCUAGUUUUAGUUUUCUUGCAACAUCUACUAAGAAGGAACGAGAGUCCAUGUUUUCGCCUGAGAUCCCAAUUUUAAAUCCAAAUACUGACAAGUCUAUACUGAAGGAAACUAGUAUUAAAACUCUUUCCGUGUCGCCUCCGAUGGGUGCCAGAGAGUUAUCUGAAAGAGAGAACAAUGUCUUGCCAUACACAUUGUGUGAAAAGCCAGUGAAAAGCUCUUUCACACCAUUAUCUAUCAAAAAAGAGCCCAUGCUGCCUUAUCCAGAUGUUUCUUCUACACAUUCUCCUUUAAUAUCAUUGAGUCCUUCAGAUUUCGGAAGCAGUGAUGUUUCUCUUACAUCAAGUUCACGUCAUUCAUGUUCACUACAAUCUGCUGCUGAAAUCUGCUCAACGUUUACUAAGGUGCCAAGAAUAGUCCCUGGAAAUGUUAAAACAUCAGUUCAAGAUCAGUUAAACACAUCCAAAGAAAAUUUAUUAUCUUCUUUACAUGCUAAUGAAGAUGAACAAGCAUUUGUUUCCUCAGUUUGUACUUCCCCACCAAACUACAGUCAGCCAUCUCAAGAAACCACUUUAAAGUUUUCUCAACCUGCAAAAGUUAAAUCCUGCAGUGUUUCAAAUGAAUUACACAUGUCCAUUUCUGGAUGCUGCCCAUCUAUAACUUGCGUUAAAAAGACCAUGGAUCACUCUUUUGAGUUGGGCAGAGAUCAACCGCAGUCUAUGUAUUUAGAUUCAUCCUUAACUAAAAAUAAGAACAAACUUGUUCCUGCUUUGGAGAAAUCAAGAACUGAUAAUUUGAAUUGCCCUCGAUCUUCAAGCAACACACAUGAUUCCUGUGGUAUCACAUUUGGGGGAAAAAAGAACAUGCAUAUUUCAGAAUUGAUAUCAGAGGUUGCUAAAUUUGCUGAUACAAAACCAAUUCUUAAAGGAAUAGACAUUAACCAGGUGGUGCGGCUCUUAAUUCAAAAUAGAAGUGAGAAAACAAGGGAAGGGAGCCAUAACAAUACUCCGUGAAAGCCUUUUCUUUUCCACAGUUUUCAAAAUAAAGGACCUGUACACUGUGCUUAUGUUUGUUUUUUUAAUGUAAUUAAUGUGAUAAAAUGUUAUUAAAAUUUUAAGUAUUUAAUUUGCUUGUGAAAUAGAAAUUCUUAAGCACUGUGAUUUUUUUUUUACAAGCACAGCACUGCGGUGUAAAA